AUGCAACUCCUUUACAUCACAGUCUUCACCUUCCUCGCCUGCUACGGCAUGGCUGCGCCCACUCAGAAGGCUGAUGCGCAGAAGGCUGACACAACCAACGAGGUAGACCCCUUGAUUGCCGCUGGCAAGGAGCUCCCCUUGGACCUAGACUGGAAGUUCUGCACCAUCACAUGCGACUGCGCACGCCUGGCGGACGAAGACUUCGAAACACGAUUUCAGUGCCUCACAAACCCGAAUUGCGAGGAGUGUGAACGCAGGGGUAUGCUUCCUCCUCGCAACUAG